AUGGCGGGCCCGGGGGACACGGUGACCCCGGUGACCCCGGGCUGGGCCGCAGGCCUGGGGGGCUUCCUGGGGGUCGUGGGGGUCUGCCUGCUGGGGGGCUGGUGCUGCUGGGGCAGGCCGAGCGGCCGGGGCUUCCCCGGGAGCAGGACCCUGCUGCUGACCGCCCACCCUGAUGACGAAGCCCUGUUUUUCGCCCCCACCCUGCUGGGCCUGGCCCGGCGGAGACAGCGGGUCUCUGUGCUCUGCCUGUCCGCAGGAAAUUACUACAAUCAAGGAGAAAUUCGUAAGAAAGAACUCGUGCAGAGCUGUGUUGUUUUGGGGAUCUCGCCUUCCGAUGUAACAGUUAUUGACCACAGGGAUCUGCCUGACAACCCGGCCGUCCAGUGGGAUACUCAGCUGGUGGCUUCCAUCCUCCUCCGCCACAUCGAAGCCGACCGCGUCGAUCUGGUGGUGACCUUUGAUGCGGGUGGAGUGAGUGGUCAUGCCAACCACAUUUCUCUUUAUUCUGCUGUAAGGUACCUGCACAUGGAGGGAAAGUUGCCCAGAGGGUGCCGGAUCCUGACUCUGGAGUCAGUGAAUGUGGUGCGGAAGUACAUCUCCUUCCUCGAUCUGCCUUUCACCUGGCUCCAAACCCAGGAUGUCCUCUUCAUCCUCACGCAGGAAGAAAGGGAACGAGCCAAGAGAGCUAUGCUCUGCCACCAUAGCCAGCUCCUCUGGUUCCGCCACCUCUAUCUGCACUUUUCCCGCUACAUGGUGAUGAACUCGCUCCGUUAUCUCUGAAACCAAGAAGAGUCCCGGGAGCCCACUGACCAGCGGUGGAAAGGAAAACCGAAGAGGACAGGGAUCAAGCAGGAGUUCAGACUGGGCCCCGGAGGUGGGCCGGAUUCUGUCUUUAAUGAGCCUUGGGAGUCACAGGCGCAAGGCUGCCUGCUGAGGCCCACUGGGCCAGGCUCCAAGAGGUAACACCAUGGAAAGAGGAGAAUAUGGAUCAUGAGAAAGACCAAAAAAUACCUGAUGGUCCUGCAUGAAUUACUGUGCCUGGGAAAGCCAUGAGGCAUUGAUGCUAUUUUCCAGGGCCUAAAUCCAGCAGGAACCCACAUGAUCUCAGGCCCAGUUCUUCUUUUCCCACAGACCCCAGACUUCUUUUGGCUUCGGUUGGCUUUUGGCUUUGGGCGAAGCUGGGGGAGAGAAGUCGAGACAUUUUUUUCCACCAUUAAAACUCUGCUAUUUUCUAUUUUUAAAAUAAAACGUCCCCAGGGAGGUUGGCUUAGAAACAGUGCCUAGCAUUCA